UUUUUGAACUUGUGUUGAAAAGUAAGUAUCGGCCUGUGAAAUUAAAUAAACUGAUAACAAAGCACUUGAUCGAUAUUUACAUAAAUUAUGUUUAUCUAUACAAUUUAGUAAUUCUUUUUAAAAAUUUACUUUUAUUUUGCGAUUCGUUCUUUUCGCUUCGCAAGUGUUCUCUUAAACAUUUCGUUGGUUAAAAAUAAAAUGGGCAAAGUACCGACAAUCAAGUUCAACAAUGGCAGGGAGUACCCUGUUUUCGGCUUGGGAACUUGGAAGUCCUCACCUGGUGAAGUAGCUCAAGCUGUUAAAGAUGCCAUCGAUAUAGGCUACCGUCACAUCGAUUGCGCUUGGCUGUAUGGCAAUGAAAAGGAAGUCGGGGAAGCCCUUAAAGCUAAAAUAUCAGACGGUACCGUUAAAAGAGAAGAUCUCUACAUUACCAGUAAAUUGUGGAUCACCUUCCUCCGACCAGACUUGGUAGAGAAAGCUCUAAGAGAGACUUUGCAGAAUUUGGGUUUGGAUUAUUUAGAUUUGUAUCUCAUUCACUGGCCUAUGGCUUACAAAGAGGGAGCUGAGGUUUUUCCAACAAGAGAAGACGGUUCAAUAAUAUUCAGCGAUGUUGAUUACGUAGAUACUUGGAAAGAAAUGGAGAAACUCCAGCAACAAGGUCUUGUCAAAUCAGUAGGAGUGUCUAACUUCAACAAAAGGCAACUCGAAAGAGUUUUAGCUAUUGCCAAAGUGAAACCUGUUUGUAACCAGAUCGAAUGCCACCCUUACCUCAAUCAGAAGAAGCUGAUCGAUUUCUGCAGGUCUAAGGACAUUGUUAUUACAGCUUACAGCCCACUGGGGUCUCCGGAUAGUCCGUUCGUCAAGCCGGGCGAUCCGCAACUUUUGGAAGAUCCCAAGCUCAAAGAAUUCGCCGCUAAACACAAUAAAACUCCCGCUCAGAUCGUGCUGAGAUAUCAAGUAGAGAGAGGCCUCAUCGUCAUUCCUAAAUCCGUUAACAAGGCCAGAAUCCAACAAAAUUUCGACAUCUUUGAUUUCAGUUUGAACAAAGAAGAUAUGGCUUAUAUCGACAGUUUCGAUUGUAACGGAAGAUUGCUUCUUGUCGACUCUGCUUAUGGUCAUCCUCACCAUCCUUUCGAGAACGAUGAAUUUUAAAAAAAUGUUUUUAAUGUUAUACAUGUUAUUAAAUCUCAUUCCAGUUGUGCAUUUACUGUUUCUUUAAAUUACUUACCUCAAAUAGUUUUUAUUA